AGUUUAGUUGCGAAAAAUCCAACGUUGUAAACAUUUGUCAUUUGUGAAAUUUGAAAGGUAGAAAAUGAAGGCUUUAUUUAGCCUUUAUAUAGUUUUCUAUCUUUAUCAGACGACCAAGCAAAAAGUCUUAUCACUUAUCAGUAGGAAAUUUUGAAGGGUGGAAAAUGAAUCCAUCCCUCUCUCUUUCUCUCUCCCCGCCUCUCUCUUUCUCUGUCCCCCUCGGCAAAUUUUUUAUGCCGCGAGGACCGGCCCUUCUGCACACAAGCGCGCGUGCGUCUGCUCUAUAUAAACCCGGCAUUUUCUCUCCCAAGAACCAGAGAAAUUCCAGUCUCCAAAUUCUAGCUUCUUCGUCUUCUUCUUCCUCUGCUGCUUCUCUUGCUAUGGAUUCAAGCAACAGUACGGAAGUAGCCCACGACCACUCUCCCUUUCUUAAAAUCUACAAAGAUGGUCGAGUAGAGCGAAUUGCAGGCACCGAGAUCGCACCCCCGUCUUUUGAUCCCCAAACCGGCGUGGAAUCGAAAGAUGUAGUUAUCUCGCAGGAAACAGGGGUAUCCGUCAGGCUAUACAUUCCGAAAGCCACCCAAAAGAAGCUUCCUCUCCUUGUUUACUUCCAUGGCGGAGGCUUUUGCAUCGAAACCGCCUUCUCCCCACAGUACCACAAUUACCUUAACGCCCUUGUCGGCGAAGCCAACGUUGUUGUGGUCUCUGUCGACUACAGGAGAGCCCCAGAGCACCCUCUUCCGAUUGCUUAUGAAGAUUCAUGGGCUGCGCUUAAAUGGGUUGCCUCCCAUGCCGAUGAGUGGUUGAAAAGCCACGCAGAUUUAGAAAGAGUGUUUUUCGCCGGCGACAGCGCCGGGGCGAACAUUGCGCACCAGAUGGCGCUGAGGGUGGGUGCGGAAGGGUUGGCCGGUGUUAAGUUACAAGGGAUUGCUCUCGUGCAUCCGUAUUUCUGGGGCAAAGACCCGAUUGGGGCCGAAUCGGCGGAGCCGGAGAAGAGGGCGAUGGUCGAUAAUUUGUGGCGGUUUACGUGCCCGGCGACGAGCGGGAGUGACGACCCUUACAUAAACCCAGCUACGGAUCCGAAGCUGGGGAGCCUCGGGUGCGGGAGCGUGCUGGUUUGUGUUGCCGAGAAGGAUUUGUUGAAGGACAGGGGCUUUUAUUACCGGGAGUGGUUGGAGAAGAGUGGGUGGGGAGGGGCUGCGGAGGUCGUGGUGGCUCCGGGGGAGGAUCAUGUAUUCCAUUUGGUCAACCCUGUUAACGAAAAUUCUGUGGCCUUGCAAAAGCGGAUUGUUUCUUUCAUCAAUCAAGGAGAGCCCUGAAAGACGGAAACAUUUGCUUGUAUUUCAGUCAGUAUGAUUGAGCUUUGAUUCAAUCAAAAAAAAAAAGGCAAAAAUAAUUGGGAAAAAGGAGAAGAAGUCUAUGUAAGUCGUUGUUAGAUUUCAUCAAUGAAAGUGCUUUCUAUUGUAGCCUGA